AUUAAUGUGCAAAGACAAUUUAAAUGCAAUUGGUUAUGGCACUACCGGCAAGACCACAUAUUUUCUUAGGAAUAUUUGCCUUUAUUCAGGUUAAAUUUACCAUUCAGGAAUUGCCAUCCAAUGGUGUCUCUAACUUCACCUUUGAGAGGCUCUCCAAGCAAGAGAGUGCUGGUGUAAACCUCAAGCUUUACAAUAGAAGAUGGAAGAGAUGGAUGCUCUCAUCCAAACCUGUGGGUGAGAUCAGUCCGGAGCGCUAUGAAGAACACGGCCGAUUAGAUUCAGAGCGCUUUCCUGAAGUUGUGACAAAUGACAGUCAUGGCAACUUAUCCAUUAAGAGAGAUAUGGAUCAUGUCUACUACACAUCCAAAUUCUAUGGGCCCACAGACAGUGCAGGCAAGGAUUUGUGGGUAAAUAUUGAGCAAAUGAACAUGGGAAGAGUCCAUGAAAUUCUCUCCAACACACAUCGACAAACUUUGAGAGUGAAUUUGUCCUUCAAUUUCCCUUUCUAUGGACAUUCAUUAAGGCAAAUACAUGUAGCGACAGGGGGUUUCAUCUACACUGGAGAUGUUAUCCACAAAAUGCUGACUGCUACUCAGUACAUCGCUCCUCUCAUGGCUAAUUUUGAUCUCAGCAUCUCACAGAAUUCAACAGUCAUGUACUGUGAUAAUGCCACAGCUCUUGUUGUGCAGUGGGACAAUGUGUAUCUCCAGGACGCAUCACAUCUCGGCGGUUUCACCUUUCAGGCAGCUUUAUACAACGAUGGAAGAAUCACCUUUGCAUAUAAAGAGGUUCCCAUUGACAUUAGUAAGAUCAGCUCAGUGAAUCAUCCAGUGAAAGUCGGGCUUUCUGAUGCAUUUGUGGUUCUUCAUAAGAUCGAACAGCUUCCCAAUGUUAGAAGGAGAACAAUAUAUGAAUAUCAUCGGGUAGAGCUCUUAAAAUCCAAGAUCAUGACCGUCACUGCUAUUGAGAUGCUUCCUCUACCGACCUGCCUUCAGUUCUCCAGCUGUGAGAUGUGUGUUACGGCUCAGAUCGGCUUCAACUGUAGCUGGUGUAGUCGCCUACAGAGAUGUUCCAGUGGGUUUGACCAGUAUCGUCAAGACUGGGUUGACAGUGGGUGCUUAAGUGAGAUAAAAAACCAGAGCUGUGACAGAAAACGGCCCUUCAUUAAAAGCAGCACUCCAGCUGUGCAGACAGGAGUAACAGCUGUAUCUAUAACUACAACAACAUCGACCACAUCAGCCUCCUCGCUCACCACCAAAAUCACCAGCACACCCUUAUUUAUAAGAAACCUUCCUACCAGCUUCCUCACUGAUGACUCUCAGAUGGAAAUUACAGAGAAGCAGAGAGAGGAGAAGAUGCAGACUGGUCUGCUCAUUGGCAUCCUCGUAACCAUGGUCCUCAUGGUGGUCGCUGUGUUGGCCACUAUAUACAUGUACUACCAUCCCACCUCCAGCGCCAGUCUCUUCUUCAUAGAGAGACGACCAACACACUGGCCUGCCAUGAUAUUUCGACGUGGUUCAGGACAUCCGUCAUAUGCCGAGGUAGAGGCAAUGGGACAAGACAAAGAAGGAAUCAUCAUGAUGAACCCUAGAGACAGUUUUCUUGUGUCAGACAGGAGAGAGAGCUUGUUUCUGACGGACCAGAGGGAAGGAUUUAUUGUAGCUGACCAAAGAGAACGUUUUCUCAUCGUGGAACGCCGCUAAUGUGAAUUCAGUGGUUUAUGAAUUAGUUCCUCUAUUUUUGAGAGGAAGUUGCACUGGCUGCUGUGAUAAAUGUGGUAUUUGUUUGACCUCAUAGCAGGGAGUGCUACAAAUGUGAGAGAUCUAUUGUACCAUCACACCAAAGUGCAAUAUAACCAAUGUGGACACAUAAACGUUUUUCCAACCCAGUGGAAUUGCAGUGCUCAGGAAAAACACUUCACAUAUGAGCUUUUCA